UCACUAGUGCAUUUCACAACCAAUGCAUCGCCGUCUGAAAUAACCAUCCAUUUCCUUUUCUAAGGCUCCUGCAGCAGUUCUUUGCACUUGCGAACCGUCUCCGCAUUAUUCAACACAUCUACUCCCGAUCUACCCGCGCGCGAACUUGGGGUUUAUAAACUCAGCAAACAUUUCGCGUCUCUGAAGCGGAAUAAGGUUCACCUAAUCCGCCGGCGCAAAAAUGGCACUUUGCCGCGCGAUCUCGGCGGCGCUGGUGCUCGCCGCCGCCGUCUUACUCGGCUCGCUCUGCCCCGUCGCCCUCUCGGAGGACGAGCGACUGGAGAACCUGCGGUUCGUGCAGCACGCAUCGGACGCGCCGCUGGUGUCGCACUUCAACUACAUCAUCGUGGGCGGGGGCACGUCGGGGUGCCCGCUGGCGGCGACGCUGUCGGAGCACUCGCGGGUGCUCCUCCUGGAGCGGGGCGGGCUGCCGCACGCCAACAUGUCGAGCCAGGAGCACUUCACGGACGCGCUGGCGGACACGUCCCCGGCGUCCCCGGCGCAGCGGUUCGUUUCGGAAGACGGGGUGGUGAACGCCCGCGCCAGGGUGCUUGGCGGAGGGAGCUGCCUCAACGCGGGCUUCUACACGCGCGCCAGCAACGAGUACGUGCGCACCGCCGGGUGGGACCCCAGGCUGGUGAACUCGUCCUACCGCUGGGUGGAGCGCGCGCUCGUGUUCCGGCCAGGCGUGCCGCCGUGGCAGGCGGCUCUGCGGGACGCGCUGCUCGAGGCCGGCGUCACGCCGGAUAACGGCUUCACGUUUGAUCAUGUCACGGGGACCAAGAUCGGGGGCACCAUCUUCGACGGCAACGGCCAGCGGCACACGGCCGCCGACUUCCUACGGCACGCCAGGCCCAGGGGCCUCACCGUCGUGCUCUACGCCACCGUGUCACGGAUCCUCUUCAGAAGCCAAGAGGGCGUUCCGUACCCGGUGGCGUACGGGGUGGUGUUCGGGGACCCGCUGGGGGUGCAGCACCGGGUGUACCUCCGUGACGGGGCCAAGAACGAGGUGAUCCUGGCGGCCGGGACGCUGGGGAGCCCGCAGCUGCUGAUGCUGAGCGGCGUGGGCCCGCAGGCGCACCUGGAGGCCCACGGCAUCCAGGCCCUGGUCGACCAGCCCAUGGUCGGGCAGGGCGUCGCCGACAACCCCAUGAACUCGGUGUUCAUCCCGUCGCCGGUGCCCGUGGGCCUCUCCCUGGUGCAGGUCGUCGGCAUCACCAAGUCCGGCAGCUUCAUCGAGGGCGUCAGCGGCUCGGAGUUCGGCAUCCCGGUCUCCGACAGCGCCCGCCGCCUCGCCGCCAGCUUCGGCCUCUUCUCUCCUCAGACCGGGCAGCUCGGCACGCUGCCGCCCAAGCAGAGGACGCCCGAGGCGCUGCAGCGCGCGGCGGACGCCAUGCGGCGGCUCGACCGGCGCGCGUUCCGGGGCGGCUUCAUCCUGGAGAAGAUCCUCGGGCCGGUCUCCACGGGGCACGUCGAGCUCCGGACCACGGACCCGAGGGCCAACCCGGCGGUGCUGUUCAACUACUUCCAGGAGGCGGAGGACCUGGAGCGGUGCGUGCGGGGGAUCCAGACGAUCGAGCGUGUGAUCGCGUCGCGUGCCUUUUCGAACUUCACCUACUCCAACGCCUCCGUGGAGUCCAUCUUCAGCGACUCGGCGAACUUCCCCGUGAACCUGCUGCCGCGGCACGCCAACGACUCCAGGUCGCCCGAGCAGUACUGCAGGGAGACCGUCAUGACCAUCUGGCACUACCACGGCGGCUGCCAUGUCGGCGCCGUCGUCGACGACGAUUACCGGGUGUUUGGGGUAAGGGGGCUCAGGGUCAUCGACAGCUCCACCUUCAGGUACUCCCCCGGCACCAACCCGCAGGCCACCGUCAUGAUGCUCGGCAGGUAUAUGGGAGUGAAGAUUCAGGCCGAGAGAUGGAGGAAGUGAUCAAUCAAGACAUAUAUAUUUCAGGAAUGCCUAGGCGCCAAAUUUCCAUGUAAUCCAAACCGAAAAAAUUGUAUUUGGAGGUACCUGGUUUAGAACAGAUUUGUUUAUUUUAUUUUUCCACUGAAAUUUUACUCUUCUAGGCAUAGGCUUAGUACCUGUUUGUUGAUUCUGAAUCCCUUGAUAUGAAUUGCCGAACAUUGCAAAAUAAAAAGGAAAAACUUCCGUCGCAGAAGCAAUGUUGAAGAA